CUUACACUGAACCAAAGUGAAUUAUGUGCAACUGAGAGGACUUGACAUCAACAUUUUCCAACACAUUGCAAAAUUCUGUACAUCUCAGGAUAGAUCAGCCAACAUAUCAAUAUGGAUAAGUUUCGUAUGAUGGCCCAGAUCCUCCAGUCCAACCAGGAGUCUUUUAUGAAUGGUAUAUGUGGCAUUAUGGCCCUGGCAAGCGCUCAGCUUUACACAUCUUUCGAAUUCAACUGCCCCUGUAUACCUGAAUAUAACUACUCCUAUGGCAUUAGUAUGCUGGUUAUUCCCCCUAUAUGGUUUUUCGUUUUGGGUUUUGUACUGAACAACAAUGUUUCAAUACUAGCGGAGGAGUGGAAACGGCCAGUGGGACAACGGAAGAAGGACCCUACUGUCCUGCGGUACAUGUGUGUUUCUAUAUCCCAACGAUCACUCAUUGCGCCAGCCGUUUGGAUCUCGGUAACAUUAAUGGAUGGUAAAAGCUUCUUGUGUGCCUACAGUAUGGACUUGGAUAUGACUGAGUUUGGUAAAAAUUUAAGUGGACAUGGACUAUCGCAAGAGGAUCUCCUACGAACACUAGCCAAAAUUCCAUGCAAGCAAAUAUUUGAUGGUCAGGACAUCGUAUCAAGAGAGGCAGCCACCAGAUACAUACGUUGUAUUUCACAGGGAUUUGGAUGGUUGUUCUUGAUGAUCAUCACAAUCAUUGCAUUCAUGAUCCGAGCCAUUCGUCCCUGCUUUAGCCAGGCCGCCUUCCUCAAAACGAAGUAUUGGUCCCACUAUGCAGACAUCGAGCGGAAGAUGUUUGAUGAGACCUGCACAGAACAUGCCAAAGGUUUUGCUAAGGUUUGCAUAAAGCAAUACUUCGAGGGUAUUAGCGGCGAGUUUCAGAGUUUCCACGAUCAUCCGCAUGGAGAUAAAAGCGAAGAUGGUGAUGAUAAUCCCCCUACUGAUGAAGAUAAACUGUUGGGCGUUUGUAGACAGGAUUCAAUGAAUAAGGUGCUAUGGGACUGGCACAUGUGCAAACCUGCACUGAGUAUUCAAAAGCCUGUACAAGCUAGCACUGGAGAACAAAAUGGUGAUUGUGGCACGAAAGAUAACUUGAAUCAAAAUGGACAUGCCUGUGAUAAAACUGAUCUUGGUGCAAACCAAAAUGGCUUGAAGAUUGGUUACGUGAAUGCAGGCCUUGAUAUUGGCCAAAAUGAAUUGGACAGGGGGCAUGAUAAUGCUACAAAUGGUUUUACAAAUAGUUAUACCACUCAUAAUAAUAGCAAAAGUCAGAAUGUAUACAUGAAUGCUGGUGCCACUUCUCCAAGAAGUGCUCAAAAGAAAUCAUCGGCAGUGUAUUACAGUAAAGUCUGAAAAUAUACAAUAGCGGCUUUAAAAGGUGGUAAAGCUAAAGACCCCAUGAAAUCAAUUGAGCGCAGUUUCCUCCUGUUGAUGUGAUUCCUAUUGAAUCAGGAAGGGACUAACAGUUACAAGUCACUAACAGGUAAAACAGUCCCUUAUAGUUAAAUAGUCAAUAGUCUUUAGUUUACGUCAGCCAUGAACUACAAUUUGCUAUUUCCAAAAAAAAUACAAAAUGGAAGCUCAAAGAGGCCAUGAUAUUAUUAAUAUUUAUUUAUUUUUACAUGAAAGCAUUUAGUCACAUUCAUAUUGAGGAAAUCUAAAAACAGUAUGAUGCCACCAAUUUGAUUUAGGCUUGUUUGCCAUUUGAAAUUUAACACUAAGCUAAAAUAUAUAAUAUACUGUAUAUACUGUGCAAUAUAUGGAAUAUACUGUGAAAUAUACAGCUAAAAUGUAUAUAUAUCUAUCUCUAUUUUCAUGUCCAAAAUGUACUAAAAAAUACCAAAAUGCUCUUUAUACAGAAUGUUGUUUCACUUUGUGCCACAAGAGGGCACAAUACAUCUGACCUCAACAAACCUUGGCGUUCAUUUUGUAAGCGUUAUUUCCUUUUGGACUAUUUUGUAACAGUUUAGCAAAAGCAAAUAUUACACAUAAUAUUUCUUGCAUGUGACACUGCAAUAAAAAUGCUGUUUAUGAUCAUGUGAUAUCAUAUUACUGAUACAUAUUAUGAAAUGUGUCUUCAUGCUAACAAAUUACAUGAUCAACUGGUAGUAACCUUUAUAUAUGCCUUUUUGCAAUAAAUGCA